AUGGCCUUGGGCAGCCUCCUUCUCCUGAGCCUGCUGGGGGCCCCGGGGCUGGGGGACCCGGGCCCCCUGGAAGACGUGGUGAUCGACAGAUACUACAUCCCGAAGAUGUGCUUACGGGAAGUCCAGAUGGGGGAUUUCAUCCGCUACCACUACAACGGGACCUUCAAAGACGGCAAAAAGUUUGACUCCAGCUACGACAGAGGCGCCACGGUGGCGGGCGUGGUGGGAGUCGGCCGGCUGAUCACCGGCAUGGACAGAGGCCUGCAGGGCAUGUGCGUCAACGAGCGGCGCCACCUGAUUGUCCCUCCCCAUCUGGGCUACGGCAGCAUCGGCGUCGCUGGCAUGAUCCCCCCCGACGCCACCUUGUAUUUUGACGUCAUCCUGCUGGACAUCUGGAACAAGGAGGACAAGCUGCAGAUCACCACCUUGCACAAGCCAGAGCGCUGCAACCGCACCGUGGAGAACUCGGACUUCGUCCGGUACCACUACAACGGCACGCUGCUGGACGGCAGCCACUUCGACUCCAGCUACAGCAAGGACAGCACGUACGACACCUACGUGGGCACCGGCUGGCUGAUCAAAGGCAUGGACGAGGGCCUGCUGGGGAUGUGCGCUGGGGAGAAGAGGAGGAUCAUCAUCCCUCCCUUCCUGGCCUACGGGGAGAAGGGCUACGGCACGGUGAUCCCGCCCCAGGCCUCCCUGGUGUUCGACGUACUGCUGGUGGAUCUGCACAACCCCAAAGACGGCAUCUCCCUGGAGCACCUGGAGGUGCCGGCGGCCUGCAAGCGCAAGGCCGUGACCGGCGACUUCGUCCGCUAUCACUACAACGGGACCCUGAUGGACGGGACGCUCUUUGACUCCAGUUACUCCCGCAACCACACCUACGACACCUACAUCGGGAAGGGCUACGUCAUCCCCGGCAUGGACCAGGGCCUGCAGGGCGUCUGCUUCGGAGAAAAGAGACGGAUCAUCGUCCCACCGCACCUGGGCUACGGGGAGAACGGAGCCGGGAACAAGAUCCCCGGCUCAGCCGUGCUCAUCUUCGACAUCCACGUCAUCGACUUCCACAACCCCCUGGACUCGGUGGAGAUCGAGACCCUCUCCCGGCCCGAGGGCUGCAACGUCACCACCCAGGAUCGCGACUUCAUCCGCUACCACUACAACUGCUCGUUGCUGGAUGGCACCAAGCUCUUCUCCUCCCACGAUUACAACCACCCGCAGGAGGCGACGCUGGGGACCAGCAAGAUGAUCGAUGGCCUGAACACCGGCCUCCUGGGCAUGUGCAUAGGGGAGAAACGGGUGAUCAUCAUCCCCCCGCACCUGGGGCACGGAGAAAACGGAGCCCGGGGUGUGCCAGGCAGUGCCGUGCUCCGGUUCGAGGUGGAGCUGCUCUCCAGGGAGGAAGGAGUCCCUGAGGGCUACCUGUUUAUCUGGCACGGGGACCCACCUGCAAACCUGUAUGAGGACAUGGACCUGAACAAGGAUGGCGAGAUCCCCCGCGAAGAGUUCUCCACUUUCAUCAAGGCCCAGCUCACCGAGGGGAAGGGGCGGCUCAUGCCCAGCUCCGACCCGGAGAUGGUCAUCGCCGACAUGUUUCAGAAUCAGGACCGGAACCAGGACGGGAAAAUCACCGCGGAGGAGCUGAAGCUGAAAUCAGAUGAAGAUCAGGAGAGAAUCCACGAGGAGCUCUAAGGAACUCCUGCCUUCAAGAGACAACGUUUCUUCUCGUCCUUUCCAACCUUGGAGUGGGCUGCUCCCCCCACCACCACAGGGACCGUGGCCUAGAGAAGCCAGCUCAGGAAACUUUAGUGCCAACCCCUUUGCAAAGCAAGGUUGUUUGGUUUUGUUUUUUUUACUAUUUAACUGUGUUUUAUUGGAAGCGUUUCUAACAAGCCAGCAGGGGAAAAACUCCACAUAACAAACCCAGGCCAGAAGGUCCCAAGUUCUUACCCUUAAAGGCAGAGCCUAGAUAGAAACUAGACCCAAUCGUGAGCUAUUUCCUCGGACUUCCACCCACACCCCAGGCCUGAAGGCUCUAGGGAUACACGGGGGUAAUUGACACCCCUUCCCAAACUACCCUGGAAUUGUAUCCAGUGCUUUGAGAGCAGAACCCAGGGACUUUUCUUCUCUGGGCUUUGAGUGUUUUUAUCCCUGGCUUUGCACUCUGCCUUUGUCCCCUGCAGAGACAGGCCCACCCAGCCUGCCUGUUCCCAAUGCAGGAUGCUUCUCCAACACGUUGCCAGCCUCUGAUGGGGUGGGGGCUCCUGCUGUGGACACAGAUUAGCUCCCUAGCCCAGAAGCAGAACUGGAUGAAUCCCACCUGCGCCCAUCCCACCAUCUGCUCUCUCCAAUGAUACGGGGUUUGGGUGUGGGGCUGGGAUUCCUGGAAUCUGGUGGUAUCCACACUGUCUAGCUGAGAGCCCUGCCUGUAACCCCCAUGUCAGAGCCAGGAGCUCCUGUUCGGUCCAGUUGUGAACUAGACUCUAUCGCACGCCGUCUUCUCCCCCCGCCCCCCCUGUCAGACCCGGCCUUUUGACUUCACUCGCCUUGGCUCCUUGAGCAUUUCAGCAGCGCUGCCCUUGUGCGGGUCGGUGCUGUAGCAGCCAGCGCGUACCCAGAGCGCAGAACGUGAGCCAGCAAGGGCGUCCUGCUGUCGCUGGAGCAAGGGCCAUGAAUUCAAAGCGGUCACUUCACGUUGGCAUCUGCUGGAGCUUUUCCUGUAAGGAACCCAGUCACUGUUCCCGAGGGAUUUAAAAAAGAAAAAUUAAUGCCAUUUCCUAGCCCUGGUCCAGGCUCUUGCAACAGCUUGAAUUGUACCAGAAAGGAAAGCCAAGACCCAGUUCUUCAAAGUGAUGAGUGGUUUUAGGCCCAGCGAUAUUUUGGGGCUUGAACUUGAGACACCUUAAUGGGGCCUGAUUUUACACAGUUUGGUCCCCAAAACCACCAGUCAGUUUGGAAAAUCCAGGGCCCAAACUCUCCCAGCUGGGCUAACGCAAGUGGGCUGAUUUUCAGUUUCUGAGCACCCUGAUUCUGCUGACGAGAGCUUGGCUUGCUCAGUACCCCUGGAAAUCAGCCCACUUUUACUGAGAUGCUUAAAUAUAAUUCAGGAGCCUGAAUUUAGUCUCCCACGUUGGCAAAUUUGGGCCAGUGUCUCCCCCUGGUUUUAAAGGUUCGUGUCCUAAGAUGACAGCUCAGUGGACAACAGCGUCUGCGCCAACUGCUGGGCACAGGUAAAAGAUCCGAAGUGCAAGGACAAGACGAUAUAAAGGUUCAAACAACCCCCCAGUAGCAAUUUCUGCCUUGCACCCAAUAAACUGAUUUCAAGUGGUUUCCAACAA